AUGGACUCCUCGUGGAUCCACGCCAUCGGGGUAUGCUUAAGCACCAUCGUUUCGAUUGUAGAGGCAGUUGGAAGCACACUGGUCAGGAAGAGCCACAUCAUUUAUUCAAAAUAUGAGAAGAAGCUUCUCGAGGCGACAGAAUGCGAUAGCGUCAGCGAAGGGGAAACAAAGCUGGAAAAAAAAAGUAAAAGGAAAGGGAAAAGGAAAUACUCCUUUUUAAACAUUUCGAUAAGGAGUCUACAAAUCAGUGGACGCAUUUUCUACAGAAACGGGAAGGUAAAAGAAAGCGAUGACGGGGCGCACCAACUGCUUAGGAGGACUCCUUCGAGUGGUACCAGCGAGGGAAGACUCAACGAUGGAGAGGCUGGAGAACGGGAGGUAGAACAGGAACGACAACAGGAAGAACAAGACAACCAUCUAAGCAGCAGCCUCAUGGAAAAAUCGUUAAGCAUAAAUCUGCUACACCGAGAUGGUAGCAAUUCCGACCAGGGCUAUUUUUCCCCAUUUAAUGAUUCCUCAGAAGGGGAAAAAAUACGCCCGCAAAAAUUUGCCUACAUAAAGAGAACGAAUAAGCCAAUAGAAGAGUGCGAACGGGAAGAAGGCGCGAAGGAUAACUAUCAGACGAAGUGGACCAACAUUUGUGAUGGCUCAUCUGGAGAGUGGCAGAACGAAUCAUUGGACAUUCAUCCGAGUAGUUAUCACCUCUGCGAGGAGAAGCAUCCACCUAAAUGGAGAAACUUUUCAGCGAGGGCCAUAAAUAAAAAAGUGAAAAAGAAGCAGAAGUGCUUGCGGUUAAGGAGAAGGCCAACUUGUCGUGUGAUGGGGAAACCCAAACGACGUAUUUUUUACACCACGCUUUGCAAUGGGAGAAGAAGCAGAACAUGGAAGAGGCUACUCAUUCUAAAUGAUCACUGUAGGAAGAGCAAAACGGGGAUGGAAGGGAAGAAAUAUUAUAUAUGUAGGGAUUUCCCACCAAGGGGAUUUCCCCAUUGUGGAAGGACGCCCCCCGUGGAAGGGACAGAUGCGGGGCCCCAUAAAAACAACAUCAUAAUGAUGAGCAUUUCGCACAGAAAGGUCUCUAAGAUUUUUAAAAGUGAAAGCCCCAAUGGAGGGUUGCCUGGUGGGGAUAAAAUGUAUCACUCCUCACUUGGGUCCGAUCGGUUCGUGGACAGGCUGAGUGGCGACACGGCGAGUUCCGAGCACGAAGGGGGGGUGCGUGCCGAGGCUUCGCUCAGCAGAAAUGGGCAUCAAGAUGGGCGUGAAAGUUGCGGUCAAAAUGGCUGUCAAAAUUGCCGUCCAAAUCGCUACCAAAUUGGCUGUCAAAAUAGGCGUGGAAACACAUUGGGGACGCUGGAGGAAAAGGAAAAAUACAGCGACGAGGAAGAAAUUACGAGGUGCUCCACACUCAAACUGGAUCAGGAAAAUGCGGGUGGCUGCCUGGACUCCACCCCGGCACAUCUCCCAUCAGAUGUGAAACGUGCGCACUCGAAUAUGAAAACAGAAAGCUACAUCUGCUUCUACCUAGGAAUAGCCCUUACAAGCUUCAUAGCCCCUGCACUGAACAUAUUCAGCAAUGUAGUCCUACCCAUGUCGAUGGUUGGCUUCGUCAGCGUCCGACUCAUAUGCUCAGCGCUGCUGGAAAGGUUUGUCCUAAAGGAGCAGAAGUCUGUUUACUUAUACGUGGGUAUCCCUUUUUCCACCCUGGGCCUAACAUUAAUCACUGUGUGCUCUGCAAGUGAUAAUACCUUCGAAGACUUAGACUCCGUUUUGGGCCUCUUCUUAACAGGUGAAUCGAUAACGUUGCUCAGUUUCGAGAUGUUCUUCGCCUUUGUGGUGGCUCUUCUUUCAGUGGGCCACCUGGGCGCAGGCACAUCUUCCAGCACAGGAUUGGCUGGUGAACAGAACAAGGGUGUAUCCUCAGAAGGUGACCUCUUUAGCUCCAAACUGAAUGCGAAUAUGCAGUGCGGUGAUAAGCAUCCAACUUGGAAGCGAAAAGGGGGGGGAAAUUUUUUCUUCUUCUUCUCCCCAGUCUCAUCAGGAAUCAUGGGAUCCCUGGCAACCAUUUUCUCCAGGGCGACCUUCAUCGGAUUGGUGUCUGUCCUAAUAAACGAUAAAUUGAACUUAAGCCAUUUUUUUCUCAAUUAUAAAGUAGCUCUCCUGAUUAUACUAACCAUCAUUUGCUCCAUCGUAGAAAUUAUAUACACGCCCUUUUUGCUGAAGUAUUAUAAUCUCACGCAUGUAGUGUCGCUGAAGACUUUCGGAAAUAUAUCCUUCAAUGCGGUCAACGGGAUGACCAUCUUCGAGGAAAGACCCUCGUGUGUGUACACCUGGACGUUUGGAUUCCUCCUAAUCCUCGUGGGAAUCAUAUUCCUUUCAUACGAAAAUGUCAUCCCCAAAGCGUUACGCCUGUUCAAUCAGCAGUUUCGUCACAAGACAUGA